AGAUCUCGGCCGCCGAGUAUACCGAGACCAAGACGGCGCUUGGCGUCGGUGCCUUUGGUGUCGUCGUCCUUGGCAAGUACGAAGGGCAAAAGGUUGCCGUCAAGAAGCUCCGACACGUCAACCAUCUCAAGUCGUUCGAGGCCGAAGUCAACGCCCUCCUUGCGUGUCCGUCGCCGUACCUCGUGCGCCUGGUGGCUAUUGCAGACCGCAACUCCAAGACGCCAGCGCUGCUCUUCGAGUACAUGGACGGCGGCAGCCUUCGGACGCACCUCGACCAGAAGAGUCGCAACGAGCUCACAGCAGCGCACGUGACGAACCUUCAAGUGGCGUGGGUCGUCGCCAGCGCCUUGCUUCAUCUCCAUGCCAAUAAUUUGAUCCACCGCGAUGUCAAGAGCGUCAACGUCCUCUGGAACUCGAGCAACGAGAUCAAGCUUGCCGACCUCGGCUUGGCACGACCCGAGGCAACGAGUAUGACAGUAGCGCCUGGUACACGGCUCUGGAUGGCGCCCGAG